UUGCACGAGGUGUUGUAAACUCGUUUUAUAGCCUUGCAGGCUUAAUUAAAAUGGGUUCCUUAGAAGACAGCAACAAAAACAAGGUAAUAAUCCACGACUUACUUCCCCUCGUAGCUGUCUAUAGUGAUGGCACCAUAGAUCGUCCUAAUGAAUGUUCAACUGUUCCACCACAAGAAGAGGACCCCAAAACUGGUGUCUCAUCCAAAGAUAUUGUCUUUUCCAAAGACCCAUACCUCACUGCUAGACUUUACCUUCCAAAACUAACUCAAUCCAAUGAAAAACUCCCCAUCUUGGUUUACUAUUAUGGUGGUGCAUUCAGCUUUGAAUCAGCCUUCUCAGACAUUCAUCACUCAUAUUGCAAUCGCAUAGCUUCUCAAGCAAAAGUUGUGAUUGCUUCCAUUGAGCAUAGAAAUGCUCCAGAGCAUUAUCUCCCUACAGCUUAUAAUGAUUGUUGGGCUGGUCUCUGUUGGGUUGCUACUCAUGCAACACAAAAUCCAACAAACAGUGACCCUUGGAUCACCAAUCAUGGUGAUUUUAACAGAGUUUUCAUUGGAGGUGAUAGUAGUGGUGGAAAUCUUGUUCACAAUGUUGCCAUGCGUGCUGGUGUUGAAGCUUUACCUGGUGGUGUUAAAUUGUUUGGUGCUUAUCUUAACCACGCUUACUUUUGGGGAUCAAAGCCAAUAGGGAAGGAACCUGUUAUAGGAUUUGAGGAGACUCUUCAAUCUAGGAUUUGGAAGUUUGCUUACCCUUCUGCUCCUGGUGGAUUAGAUAACCCUAUGCUCAAUCCACUGGCUCCUGGGGCACCAAGCUUGGCUACACUUGGUUGUUCUAGGAUGCUUGUUACUGUUGCUGGCAAUGAUCAAUAUUUGUUUAAUGAAAGAGAAAAAAGAUAUUAUGAGGCUGUGAAGCAGAGUGGAUGGAAAGGGGAAGUGGAACUCUUUGAAGAGAAAGGUGAGAUACAUGUUUAUUACAUGUAUGAUUCUGAAUCAGAGCAAGCUAAAAGAAUUUUCAAACUAUUGGUCGAUUUUCUUAAACAAUGAAAGGGAUUGCACAUCAUUGUCCUUCAGUCUACAAAAGCUUCCUUUGGAAGCUUCCUGCCCCAGCAACUUCUUACUAAUUUCCUGGCCGGAAUUAUGCAUCUCCCUUCUUAAGAUAUUUCAAUAAUAAAAUAUGGCUGUGUCUUUGUAAUAAUUAUUAAUAAUUAAUAAAAUAGUCACUGAAAAAGUUAUACCUUUAUUCAUGCGACAGCCAUGCCAUCUAUCGAUAUAAUAAGUGCAGUAGUAUUGCAUGACACGAUACAUAAAGAAGAUUAUAAAAAAAAUUGUAAGCUCUCUUGAACACAUAAAUGAUGUAUUUGACAUUAGUUUACAUCCAUGGCAGAAAAAACUAAGUGAUUAACAUAAGCAACCAAUCAACAGAACUUUCUUGCAGAGGAAUAUCUAAUUGUCGUAUAUACAUGAAGUGUUUGGGUAACCUACAGCAUGAUCAUAAACUCAACAAUUGCAAAAUCGAUUGAGACAAAGAACUAUCAAUUCAAAA